AUGCUAGUGGAGCUUGAGCGCACCUUCGCAGACACCGCCCGAAGCCCACCCGAUGCAGCAGGCCCGACCGCCCGACCGCCCGACCGGCCUCUGCCACUAACUGCCUCGCUCGUCGAACGCCUCCAGUCGCCUGGUCUUGGCCCUCUCGCGGGACAGAGAGACGCCCGGGCGGCCAAGCCUGUCCUGGACCUGGACCUGGACCUGGAUCUGGACCGAGAACCUUGA